AGCCCGUCAAGGGUGAGUGAAGCCCCCUUCGCCUGCGAGCGACUGCUGCUGCUUCUGCUUGCCAUUUGAACCAACCUUCGCUAACCCCUAUGCGCAGAGCAAUUCCCCUGGAUCACCUACUCCGACCUCUGGAUCCUCGGUGGCGUCGCCGCCAUCCAGGAGAUGCAGGGUCCCAUCAUCCCCUACCGUCCCGGCCGCAAUGACGGUGAGGCUGCCGCCUGCACCCCUGAUGGCCGUCUCCCCGACGCCUCCCAGCGUGAGAAGCACCUCCGUGACAUUUUCUACCGCAUGGGCUUCAACGACCAGGAGAUUGUUGCUCUCUCCGGUGCCCACGCUCUCGGACGCUGCCACGUCGACCGCUCCGGCUUCGACGGUCCCUGGACUUUCUCCCCUACCGUCCUGACCAACGACUACUACAAGCUUCUGCUUAACGAGAAGUGGCAGUGGAAGAAGUGGGAUGGUCCCGCUCAGUACGAGGACAAGGGCACCAAGUCCCUGAUGAUGCUUCCCGCCGACUACGCCCUGAUCCAGGACAAGGCCUUCAAGAAGCAGGUCGAGGUGUACGCCAAGGAUAACGAGGCCUUCUUCAAGGACUUCUCCAAUGUCAUUGUCAAGCUGUUCGAGCUCGGUGUUCCCUUUGCCCAGGGCACCGAGGAGCGCUGGACCUUCAAGCCCACUUGGCAGGACUAAAGCAGUCGCUUAUCUUGUAGGGUGACUGACUGUGUUUCCGAGGGGAAUUAAAAACAAUAGAGCAAAGAAGAAAAAGAAGAAGGAAAAAGAAAAGAGAUCUAGACCUUUUGAGACAAGAAGAGAGAUAUCCACGCGGAAUGGCGUACCGAGAGACAGGAGGAAAGAGUCUGUUCGAGAGAGCGGCGGCCACUUGAUGCCCCCUCUCCUCGAAGUUGGUUUUUGAGCGUCUGACCAAACUACCUGUAGUCCACUCCUGGACUUGUUUCCAUAUUUAUGUUGUUUUAUGUCCAUAGUUCUUGUAAAACAUCAACACGAACCUUGAAAGACCUAACGUACCGUCCGCACGAACGGAAAUGUCCGCCUACAGCGUGGGAAGAUUGAGGUGACAUGAGG